UCCCUCCUCCUCUUCCUGUUUCAGUGGGAGGAUGCAGUAUUCUGCUGAGUCGCUGUGAGCCAGUCGGAGGCUGCAGUAUUCUGCUGAGUCGCGGUGAGCCAGCAUUAAGCUCUCUCUGCCUCCAGCCGACCGAGUGACGAGAAUCACAGGGAGUCCUGGAAGAGAAAACUACAGCACCCACAAUCCUCGGCUCGCAGCCCAGACUGUUGCUGGGCCCGGAGCAGAGCCCCGUGGAAGUCUGGGAGUUGCGGUCCUUGCUACCCGGCUGCAGGUAGAGACAGACAGAGAAACAGAGAGGCAGAGAGACAGAGAGACAGACAGACAGACAGAGAGAAAGACAGUCAGAGAGACAGAGAGACAGACAGACACACAGACAGACAGACAGAGAGAGAGAAAGAGAGACAGAGAGACAGAGACGUGCGAUGACAGCCGUCGGAGAGACAGGAAGGACAUGAACACCUGUUUCCUGGAAACUGCUGAGUCAUGUCUGCUGACCUGGACGAUACAGACAACGUGUUUGACCUGAACGAGGUCCCGGAGACGGAGCUGCUGGAUAACAGCAUCCAGAAAGGCCGAGCCCAGCUGUCCGUCAAAGCCCGGCGGUCCCGCCCCUCCCGGUCCCGUUACCGUGACAGCGUGAGUUCCACGGAGGGAGACGACAGUCUGGAUAGGAAGGACAGUCCCUUACACUGGGCCCGCUCUCCGCUCCACCUGCGAGGUUCCUCCCCCUCUCCUGAUUCGCUGCUGUUGGCACGAAGCUCCGCCUUCUCCUUCGACACCUCCCUGGUGCGGGGCUCUCCAGAGGAUGACGGAGCGCCGUUGGCCCCGACCCCCCGAGGGCGUUACCGUCAGCUGACCAAUGCCACGUCUCAGGAGCCGCUGGUGACGCCAAACAGCUCGCCUACCAGGAGGAGGAACAGGAGGCCGGACAGUGAAGUGUUGGUUUCUGACUCGAGUCGGGACACAAGUCCGGCUGAUCCUGGCAGUCCGAACGUUGUCUUCGACAAGAAAACCAAGAGACGCUUCCUGGACCUCGGGGUGACUCUGAGGCGGUCCUACAUCCGGGUGAGGAAAGAUAAAUCCAACAGACUGUCUGUGGGCAGCAGAGAGCCGUCUGAGAGUCCGUCUCGCUCUUCGGGAUCCUUCGUCCCGUUCUCCUGGUUCUCUGAAGGACGGGGGUCUCUGUCGUCCUCCGGGACCCCCCCCGGAUCCCCCAAAGUCGCUCCACCCAACUCCUCGGGACCCCAAAAGUCUCAGUCACAGGAGUCGGCUCUAAGCGAGGAGUACUCUCCUCCUCACACCACCUCCUCUCCUCCCGCUGACUCCUCCAGAUCCUCCCAUCCUUAUCACACGCUGUCACAGUCCUCAGACGAGCCCCUGGAGGAGGCGCUGUGUCUCGUGUCGUCGUGGACGACGCAGCAGGUCUGUGAUUGGCUGAGAGGACUCCACAUGGAGCAAUACGUCCCAGAAUUCAGUGCGAGGGACGUGGACGGACAGACGCUGCUGCAGAUGGACGGAAACAAGCUGAAGGCUCUGGGCGUGCUCAGUUCGUCCGAUCGCAGCGCUCUGAAGCGACGCAUCAAAGAUUUCCUGUCUGCAGCCGAGAAGGAGAGAAAAGCUCUGGACAAGAUGGAGAGACAGAGAGACAAACAGAGACAGCGCAGGAACUGAGGGGGAGGGGGGGCGGCAGGGCGGGAGACAGGGGGGAGUGAGAGAGGGAGACAGGGCAGGAGACAGGGGGGAGAGAGAGGGGUGAGGG